AUGUCUACGUCUAAUGAAGAAAAACACAUCAUGUCUACGUCUAAUGAAGAAAGUGAAGAGGCGCGAGAGUUUGAAUACAACCUUUUAAAUGAAUGUGAUGUCGAACGGUUCGAUCAGAAAAUAGGAUUAUACCUUAGAUCCCUGGAAAAAAUCUCUAAUAAUGAAGAAGGCGAAAGACAACAAAAGGCACAGAUCCUACUCGAAAGAUAUAAAAAUGUAAGUUUAGAACUUUUAAGGAUUUGGUGGUGUGGCAGGGAUCUAGAAG